AUGGCAAACUCUCAGCCUCAUCUCUGCUUUCGCUCCUUCGUUGAAGCACUCAAAGCUGAUGACGACCUGGUAGAAAUCAACACGACCAUUGAUCCUAAUCUAGAAGCGGCUGCCAUCACUCGUCUUGUGUGUGAAACUGAUGAUAAGGCUCCUUUGUUUAAUAAUGUCAAAGGCAGUCAAGAUGGCCUCUUUCGAAUCCUCGGGGCACCAGGCUCUUUACGCAAGUCAUCCAAGGAUCGAUAUGGACGUCUUGCUCGCCACCUGGGGCUUCCUCCACAGUCUAGCAUGCGUGAUAUCAUCGACAAGAUGCUCUCUGCGAAUGCUACUCCUCCGAUCGAGCCAACGGUUGUGUCUGAAUCAAAUGCGCCCUGCAAAGAAAAUUCAAUGGAAGGGGAUCAAAUUGACUUGAGAAAGUUGCCUGCCCCUUUGAUACAUCAGUCUGAUGGUGGUAAAUACAUCCAGACAUAUGGAAUGCAUAUCAUCCAAUCUCCGGAUGGUAAGUGGACCAACUGGUCGAUUGCUCGUGCCAUGGUGUACGACAAAAGGCACUUGGUUGGUCUCGUAAUACAGCCCCAGCACAUUUGGCAGAUUCAACAGAUGUGGGAAAAGGAAGGACGUGACGCUCCGUGGGCUUUGGCAUUUGGAGUUCCCCCGGCUGCAAUCAUGGCUUCGAGCAUGCCUAUUCCGGAUGGAGUGACCGAAGCAGGUUAUAUCGGAGCCAUGACGGGUACCUCCCUAGAAGUGGUCAAGUGUGAUACAAAUCAGUUAUACGUACCUGCCAACUCCGAAAUUGUUUUCGAGGGAACUUUGUCUAUAUCCGAGACGGGCCUCGAAGGCCCAUUUGGCGAAAUGCAUGGAUACACGUUUCCAGGAGACUCUCACUCUUGUCCUUUGUAUACUGUCAACAAGAUCACUUAUCGAAACGAUCCUAUUCUACCAAUGUCAGCUUGUGGUCGUCUGACUGAUGAGACGCAUACAAUGAUCGGCCCCCUAGCCGCUGCCGAAAUUCGCAAGAUAUGCCAGAAGGCAGACCUACCGAUUACAGACGCAUUCACUCCAUUUGAAUCCCAAGUCACUUGGGUAGCACUUAAAGUUGACACCAGGAAGCUGCGUGAGUUGAAAACCAACUCAAAGGAAUUUUGUAAGCGUGUCGGAGACUUGGUUUUCAACCACAAAGCAGGCUUCACCAUCCACCGGGUUGUGCUCGUAGGCGAUGAUAUCGACGUCUACAACGGCAAGGACGUGAUGUGGGCGUUUUGUACACGCUGCCGCCCGAACAUGGACGAGAGGUUCUAUGAAGAUGUACGAGGGUUCCCUUUGAUUCCGUACAUGUCUCGUGGCAAUGGAUCGCCCACAGAAGGGGGAAAGGUGGUUAGCGAUGCAUUGCUACCUUGUGAGUACACUUCAGGGGCCAAUUGGGAAGCUGCUAGUUUUGAAGGAUCCUUUCCAGAGCAUAUCAAGGAGAAAGUUUUGAGAGAGUGGAACACAAUGGGGUUUCGGGCUUUGCAAUGA